AUGAAGUACUUUUCAGCACUGCCAAUGGCAGCUAGCCUCGCUGCCGCUCAGAUGCAGGUCAUGAGCUUGCAAUCUGCGGUGCCAUCCGGCGCUGCUACACAUACCGUUGUCGUCGGUGGAGUGAAGCCAAUAGCAACCGGAAUGGCGCCCGUACUUGGAUACUCACCCGAGUCCAUUACGGCAGCGGUUGGCGAUAUGGUCAUGUUCGUCUUCAUGCAAAAGAACCACACCGUCACGCAAUCGACUUUUGCCGAACCUUGCAAAAAGAUGGAGGGAGGCAUGGACUCGGGCUUCAUGCCAAACCCUGAGGGCAAAGCAGGUGUCAAUUGGAACAUGACCGUUGAAACGACCGAGGCGCUCUGGUUCUACUGCAAACAGCAAAAUGGUAUCCAUUGCGGCAAGGGAAUGGUCUUCAGCAUCAACGCCGCUACCACCGGCGACAAGACCAUGUCCGCUUUUAAGCAACUCGCUGUCGGCACCAACGGCACCUCCCUUCAGCCCGGAGGUCUCCAAGCCGCUAAUCCUAAUGCUGCUGCUGCCCCUCCCACAGUCACCGUUGUGGCAGGUUCCGGAGCUCAGGCCCUUGCCUCAGCUACUGUCGUUGCUGGUACCGGUCAGGACGGUCAGGGCCAGGCUUGCACGUGCAGUUGCCUGUGUGGCAUGAACUCGUUCCCCGCGAACGCUGCAAUCAACAACUUUGGUGGCUUCCCUGGAAUGAUCGGAUAG